AUGCUGCUCAUUACAAAUGGGAGCCCUAACGCCUCCACCCUGGGGACACUUAACGGACUCGCGCAGACUCUUAGUGCUGGAGGAAGGGCUAUAGGACCUUUAGUUAGUGGCGGGUUAUUUACAGCGGCCACCACAGUACCAAAAGGGGAAUUUUUGGCAUGGGGUGUCUUUGGUGGAAUUGCAGGAGUGGGUCUUAUAUUGAGUAUGAUAUCAGUGAAAGGGAGAGCACUUGAAGCCAUUGACGAAGAGGAGGGCGAGAACGAGGAUGAGGAAGGCGAUAAUGAAUCCUCUGGAUUGUUGCGAGAUCGCAGUGAGCGCAGAGAAUUAUAA